ACACACCUGCGUCUGGAUGUGUGUGGGCGGAGUCCAGGUGAUUUAUUAAGAGGUGUCAGGUCGGUCUGCAGGUAACUCUGAGGCUUCAGACGGCUGAGACGCAGAAUCAGCAGUUCGACCAUGCCGACCUUUCCUGUUCACUUCCUGUUGGUGGCGGUUUCACUUCCUGUUGUCAUGGCAAUGCCUGAGCCCAUCUCCAGUGACGGUUGGCAGCCCCCCCUCAGCACCCCUCCGACACCUCCCUACCCGCCCAUGGACGGCCCGGGACGCAGCUUUUAUCCUGUCGGGGACAACAUGACCGAACCGCCGGCAGGGACCCUGGAGGCCUACUGCCAGAUGCUGCUGGAGGCCCCGGUCCCCGUCCCCCCAGACCAGAUCCCCUGGUUCUGUCUCUGCACACAGUGCCAGAGCCGCCAAGGGCCCAAAGGAGACCGAGGAGACCGGGGACUGCCAGGUCGUCCGGGUAGUCCUGGAAGAAGAGGCAUGACAGGGUUCAGAGGUCCUCCAGGUUUUGUGGGCAGACCAGGGGUCAAAGGACAGAAGGGAGACGAGGGUGACAAGGGAGAACGAGGACCCCAGGGGUUUACGGGACCCAAAGGAGACCGAGGCUUCAAAGGUGACAAAGGUGAGCAAGGUUUGGCGGGCCGUCCAGGCGAGCAGGGUCCUAAAGGAGAUGAUGGAGUCUGUCCAGAUGUGUGCGAGUCCAGCCAAGGUCCCCCAGGACCACCUGGUCUGCCUGGCCCUGCAGGACCCAGGGGUCUGCCCGGCAUCCAAGGACUGACAGGUCCCAAAGGCAUUAAGGGUGACUUGGGUGAUCUGGGUCGCCCUGGUGUCCCUGGACCUGUGGGUAACAAAGGAGAACCAGGGCCCCAAGGGGAGUGUAACUGUACAGACGGGGUAGAUGGAGUCCCAGGGCAGAAGGGGGACAAGGGAGACAAGGGGGAGCAAGGACAGAUGGGGCUUGUGGGGCAGACAGGGUCACAAGGGUAUAAGGGAGAAAUGGGGCAAAUGGGGAUGAUGGGUCCUCCAGGUCCCUGCAUGCCCAGCAUCCAGUCAGCCUUUGCUGCAGGGCUAACGUCCAGUUUCCCUCCACCCAACGCUCCAGUAGUUUUCUCCCACAUUCUUUACAACAUCCAGGGGAGUUACGACUCCAGCAGUGGCAUCUACACCGCCCCGAUCAACGGAACCUACGUCUUCAGCUACCACCUCACUGUCCACGAACGAGUCCUCAAAGUCGGUCUCUUUCAUAAUUUCAUGCCGGUUGUCAAAACCACAGACCCCAAAGUGUUAGGGACCACCUCACAUUCAGUCAUCCUUCACCUAGCCCGCGGGGACAGGGUGUGGAUUCAGGUCAAGGAUUUGGUUACCAAUGGCAUGUAUGCCGGUACUGACUCCAGCAGUACCUUCUCUGGCUUCUUGCUCCACCCAGAUACAUGUGAUAUGCCCUUACUUAGAGCACCCAUGCAGCCAAUGAUCCUGCCUGAAGACGGAUACACCUGGGGCAACUGAGUCAAGAACUGCCAAACCCCUUACUUCACCUGCUGGUGGAGGAUCCAAUUAGCUUGAGUGAUGAAUAACUUUCUUUUGGUCACCUGUAGAAGGUGUCAGUGCAGAAUAAAUUAUUUUAGACCACAAAACUAUGCUAUUCUUAAAUUUGUCUUACACACAGCACGAGGAUCAGAAGAGUCAAGUCUACACAAUACACAAUAACUGCUAAUGGACAGAUGAACCAGACAGGCUCACCACGACCCAACCACGUCCCUCCUAACUGUCCCUAACAAAGAAAUUUCUUGUUCCCUGAGAAUGAAUCACACACCAGCUAAAACCGGGACUGACAUCCCCUUGAAAACCGUGUACCCUUCACCUGGAAGCAAAUAAAGAAGGAGGAACUCGUGUUUAUGUUGUUGUAAAUGGGUCAGCGUACCUGUGUUGUUCAGUCUGGCUGCAUCAGACUGGUCGGUUUUCCGUCUUGGCGUGAUUCAUUUGGGAAGAUCCGA